UUUACUUUAGUUUGUUGCAAUGUAAUAGUUUUGGUUGUUCCUGUCUUAUAAAAUAAUUAUCUGCGUCAGACACGAGUGGCACGUUUUUGUUUUUUUCUGGAAAGGGGGCAUGGUUUCAGGGCAGGAGCAGGAAGAAAGCGCAUAAAAGCCAGAGAGGACAUGCGCACUCAACACAUGCUCGGGAUAUUCUGGAAGAUCAACAGCGUCCACGAUGAGAGUCCAGUCCUUGUUGACGUUCUCCGCAGUUCUGGUUCUGGUUCCCAGCAAGUCCGCUGCCUUCCAGGGACAGUCUCCGCACGCAGAUAAAUCCAACCAGAACGACGCGCCGGCGCGUAAUUGCCAGCCGUCACCUCCCAUCAGCGGCUUUAUUUCCCGCGGGAUGGCGCCGGCGGAAUCGGCGACGGACGAGGUUCUGGAGUCCAGCCAGGAGGCGCUGCACGUAACGGAGCGUCGGUACCUGCGCCUGGACUGGUGCAAGACGCAGCCCCUCAAGCAGACCAUCCGCCAGGAAGGCUGCCUGAGCCGCGCCGUCAUCAACCGCUUCUGCUACGGCCAGUGCAACUCCUUCUACAUCCCCCGGAACGUUUACCGGGACGGGGACGCCUUCGAGUCCUGCUCGGCCUGCAAGCCCAAAAGCUUCAGCACGGUGACGUACACCCUCUUCUGCCCCGGACAGACCCCGGGGACCAGGAAGAAACGGGUGCAGCGCGUCAAGCAGUGUCGGUGCGCCACCAUAGGCACGGAUUCAUAACUUCACUCCAAAAACCUCGGAUUUUUAUUUGAUUUGAUUUUUUUUUCUUACUCUAGAAGUCCAACUCACAAUGGACUAAAAACAUUCUAAUGUGGAUCAAAUUGGACAUAUUCCAAUAUUAAUUUAUUAUUUAAGAUGAAAUGAUAUAAAGCA